AGGCUUCCGACGACGUAACGAAAGGUGAGGUCGAGAGUUAAGAGACAGCCUCAUUCAUUGCUCAUUGAUUAUCAUACUCGCCCACUUUCAGGGAUCUAAAACAAGAAAAAUAAAAAGAUUUUUUCGAGCGUAAAUAGCGGUCACUCUCGUGCUUCCUCCCACUAAUAACUCCGCUGGCGGCUGGCGUGAGGAGUACCGUUAGAAGGGUCUUUAGCUGUUGAGUGCUGACCACUUCGCAGAAAUGAGCAGCACACCGCUAAGAUUCUACAGGUCCUAUUUGGGGUCCAAAACAAUGUCGUUUUUGCGGUGGAGGAAGGUGACAGAUUCCUCAAAGUCGCGAAUCUUCGAUCCCAGCUUCGACAAAGAAGAUGACAAGAAGAACCAAUACAAGAGCCCCCAAAGACGAAGUUAUAGCUCUAAAAAAUGGUCCUGCUGGGACAAUUGUUGUUGGUUCAUUGGCGUCAUAUGUUCGGUGUGGUGGUUCUUGCUCUUCUUAUACAACGCAAUGCCCGAUUCGAUCCCGCAAUACGUGGCGAUGGCUAUAACGGGGCCAUUGCCGGACCCGCCUGGUGUCAAGCUCAGGAAAGAGGGCUUGACGGCCAACCACCCUGUGGUGCUUGUUCCGGGAAUUGUAACCGGUGGGCUCGAGCUCUGGGAAGGGAGACAGUGUGCUGAAGGAUUGCUUGGGAAACGCCUUUGGGGUGGCUCGUUUGGAGAAUUUUAUAAAAGACCAUUAUGCUGGCUUGAACACAUAUCACUUGAUAAUGAAACUGGAUUCGACCCUUCUGGUAUAAGGGUCAGGCCUGUUGCUGGACUUGCGGCAGCUGAUUAUUUUGCAAGGGGUUAUUUUGUUUGGGCGGUCAUGAUUUCUAAUUUGGCUCAUAUUGGCUAUGAGGAAAAAUCAUUGUAUAUGGCUGCUUAUGAUUGGAGGUUAUCUUUUCAGAACACUGAGGUCAGGGACCAAUCUUUAACUAGAAUUAAAAGUGACAUUGAGCUCUUGGUAGCUACACAUGAUGGGAAAAAGGUAGUAGUUGUUCCGCAUUCGAUGGGAGUCCAGUACUUUCUGCAUUUCAUGAAAUGGGUUGAAACACCAGCUCCUAGGGGUGGUGGAGGUGGAUCAGAUUGGUGUGCGAGGCACAUAAAGGCAAUAGUGAAUGUCGGUGCACCUUUUUUAGGUAGCCCAAAAUCGAUCGCACUGCAUUUUUCUAUUGAAGUCAGGGAUGUAGCAAAUCUCAGGGCUCAAGCACCAGGUCUUCUGGACAAAGAUGUAUUUGGUCUUCAAACUUUUAAGCAUUUAAUGCGAAUGUUCCGAACUUGGGAUGCCACCUUUUCAAUGGUACCGAAAGGUGGGGAGACAAUCUGGGGUGGUCUUGAUUGGUCACCUGAAAUAGAUAACUUGGAUGAUGGCCCGAAAAAGGGGAGGAACAUUAGCAUUCAUAAUACCAGUGAAAACUCAAAGAGCUGUGUGUGUAAUACAAAAGGUGUGAAUUAUGGGAGACUUGUUUCAUUCGGGAAAGAAUGGUCUGAGACACAUUCUUCCAAAUUUGAGAGGCCUGAUUUCAAGAAUGUUGCAAAGGGUGAUGAGCUUGCCAACUCAAGCAACUGUGACAUAUGGUUAGAGUAUCAUGAAAUGGGAAAAAAAGCUAUCAAAGCAGUUGCGGAUCACAAAGUUUACACUGCCGGAUCGAUUUUGGAUCUGCUUCAUUAUGUUGCACCCAAGCUGAUGGCACGGGGAGCUUCUCAUUUUUCGUAUGGGAUAGCCGAUAAUUUGGAUGAUCCGAAGUAUGAACAUUACAAAUAUUGGUCAAACCCCUUGGAAACAAAGCUACCAAAUGCGCCAGACAUGGAAAUCUACUCAUUGUAUGGAGUUGGACUUUCCACCGAAAGAGGUUAUAUCUACAAAGUAGCUAGUCCCAGUGAUUGCCAUAUUCCGUUUCAGAUAGACACAUCGGUCGAUGGUGAUAGUGAAGAUUCAUGUCUAAAAGGCGGUGUUUUCUCUGGUGACGGUGACGAAACAGUUCCUGUUAUAAGUGCAGGUUUCAUGUGUGCAAAAGGUUGGCGGGGUAAAACCAGGUUCAAUCCUUCGGGAAUCCGUACUUACAUACGGGAGUACAAUCAUGCCCCUCCGGCUAAUCUGCUAGAAGGUCGAGGCACCCAAAGUGGUUCUCAUGUUGAUUUGUUGGGGAAUUUUGCUUUGAUCGAGGAUGUUCUCCGAGUCGCAGCAGGGGAUUCUGGUGAAGACCUCGGCGGAGAUCGUGUUUAUACCGAUAUAUUUAAAUGGUCUGAAAGGAUCAAUUUGCAGCUCUAGAUUCCGAACUCAGGAGUGAUGACACUGAUCUUCUCUCACUUCUCCUUGGGUUUUACUCGUUGAAGAAAAAA